AUGCUGCUCUGGACAGUUGCGCUGCUCUUCGUUCCCUGCGUAGGGAAAACUGCCUGGCUCAGCCUCCAAGUGCAGCCAGACCCCGUGUUUGAAGGGGAUAUCCUGACUCUGCGCUGCUGGGGAAGGAGGAACGCAGCGCUGUCCCAGGUGAAAUUCUACAGGGACGGAAAAUUCCUCCAUCUCUCUAAGGACAGCCAGACUCUGUCCACGGGAACAGCAACAGUGAACAGCAGUGGCCGGUACAGCUGCACUGGACAGGUGACAUACAUGCAAUAUGUGGGCAGACGAACCUCAAGGACUGUCACAGUUCAAGUCCAAGAGCCCACCCCUCUCGUGAGCUCCGCGGGGGGAGCCCGGAGCCCACUCCCCGGUGAGGGGAGCCAGAGGUCAGCCUGGCAGCUCCUCUUCUCCUUGCACAAGGAGGGCCACACCCUGCAGGACAGGGGCCUCCACCCAGAACUCUGCAUCCCAGCAGCCGAGGAGGGAGACUCUGGGCUUUACUGGUGCGAGGCGGCCCUUGAGGGUGGCUGGGUCCAGAAACAGAGUCCCCAGCUGGAGGUCAGGGUGAGGGGAGGACGGGGAGAUCCUCCCCAGGGGCCUGGGCACCCGGGGGGUCCCGCUGACCUUUCCAACUGUGUGCUGCCCCGGUUCCUUUGUGGAGCUCCUCCCCUCCGAUCCUCAUUCUACCUCAAUGGGGACACCCUGCGGAACCACGUGGCUCCCCAUGGUGGAGCCAUCUCCUUCCUCUUCCCGGUGAUGUCAGAGCAGGAUGCUGGGGACUACACCUGUGAGGCUGAGAACAGCGUCUCCAAAGAGACAAGCAAGCCUGAGACACUCUCCGUGGAUGGUCCUCGGGUCUUCUCUGUCCCCACUAGCAACAACUGGCUGGUUCCCUGGUUGCCUGCAAGCCUGCUUGGCAUGAUGGUCGUUGCUGCUGCAUUUCUAGGGUAUUUCAGACCCCAGAGAAAAACCGCCAGGCCUGCCCAGUCAGCCCGGCGGGAAACAGACAUUUCUGUCAUCUACGCUGAGGUGAGACGCCCUCAGCUCAGUGAGGUUCCAACCAAGGGGCUGAACAGAAGAAGCAGGACCCAGCAAGAUCCCGUUGGUGACUGCGAGGGGGUCCUCUGCUAGUGAUGGCAUCUCCUUCCCCCAAGACAC